AUGGCGGAACCGGAGGUUCAAAUUAAGGAAGAGAUACAUGAAAGCGAAUUUCCGAGGGAGGUUACGACAGAUACCGAUGCAACGGAGGAUGCAACAACGAUCAAGACUGAAGUUACGAAACACGAUUAUGAGAGACCCGAACCAAGCUUGAAUAAGGUCGGAGAAGAGAAGGAGAAGUCUUGGUUAGAGAGACGCGUGGAAAAGGGAUGGCCCUACAAAGACGAAGAACCCUUUUGGCAAUUUAUAAAAUCAUACACGGAGUUGAGGAGGGAAGACAAGCCGAGGACACUUUUAUCCGAUGUUGCGAGGCUGCCGGAAGACGCUGUUGAAGAGACACUUCCGCCUUACGAGUGCUUCCCGCUCGGCGGCUUUCAGCUUCAAUCUCGAGCCGAUCGAGCGCCGAUCAGAUUAGAUCGAUGCGGAACGCGAAUCUGGAGAAGCAUGAGAACGAGACAAUCUACAAGGGCAUUUCGAAGGAGAGGAAAAGUACCGAGGAGAACCGAAAGUGGGAAAUGGCCGGGUGUGUGGCCUUGCGUUGCGCGAGAUGAACUAAAGGGACGAGAGAAAGAAGGGCGAAGGAAGAGGCGAAGGGACUUUUUCCCUUGCGACCCGCGACCCGACGACGACGAAGUGGAGUCUCUUCUGCGCCAGGAACAGAGAAGAGAUUUCGCGAAUCGCAAAGAACUGGGCCACGUUCGCGCGCGAGUGCGAUGCGCGGAUCCCAAACGGGAAUUGUUGGUGGAUCGCGCGGUCGGCGAACGUCCUGGCUUGGUGGACGGCGAUUACGUCAUCGUAGAGUUCGAGGGACGCGACAGGCGGGUCUACGCCAACGUGGUUCUUCGCGGGUUAAAGGGCAUGCAUCUACCGGAACUGGGUCCGCUGCGAGAGCGCAGGAACACUUGGAAGUUUUGCCUCUAUCAAGCGGUGGUGGCGUUAUGUGCCAGAACUCAGCUAAGAUACAAGUACGCGUGGAGCGCCAAUAUCGAUUACAUGUACGACCUCGCCUGGACACUUUACACUCACAUCGGCACGAUUAACGUGAAGAGGAAGCAGCGUCUGGACGACGUCGUGGUGUACAACUACAAGUACGAUAUCGAGAUAGAGCUGAUUCAGGAGAUGAGGGAUAUACCGGUGAUACGGAACGUCGAUUUCGACUACGAGGAGCGCGAUCUAAGAAGACAGAUCGCGUUACGCAGAAAGGAUCCCCUGGAGGUCAGGGUGGAGCUCGGCUGUCGGAAGAUGACGAAUCUGGAAUACGCACCUGUGCACGAGGAGACACGCGGGAUCGAGGAGUGGUUCGACAAGUUGGCCGCGCGAUAUCGCGACUGCAUCUUCCGCACCAGCAGAUUCUCGCUGGCCUUCUGGCAAGACGGCCUCUUCUGGUACCUCUACAACCCUUAUCGAUGCGACGAGUUCGGCUGCUGGGACGACGACGGUCGCGCCUGCAUCGUCAAAUUUUGCUCCAAGGACUCGCUACGGAGGCACCUGAUGAUCCUCCUGUUGCGAGCCUACGCCUACCCCAAGAUUCCGAAAUCGAAUCCAGAUCGAUCGGACACGAGCGACGAGGUCUCUUUCGACGUUCAGAUCUUCCACGUCACCUUCCACCGCUGUCAGCUGCAGAAUCUCGAGCUGCUGCAACGCGGCGCUCCUGUAAAAGAGCGUCCGACGGAUCCUCCUCUCGAGAUUGAAGAGGCGACCGAUCUAGAGGAAGACGAAGAGGACGAUCCUAAAGUCCCGAGGGAGAGAGUCGCGUGGUUGAAGCGUCGACGGGUCAUUUGGGGCAGAUGCGCGCCCCAAUCGAGACGAAAGAACCGGGCCAAGGUCACCUUGAGCGGUGGCAAGGCGGCGAGAUGGCAUCAGUUCUACGUGGAGGAACCCAACAAGCUCUUCUCCCUGUGGGGCGAGAUUCAUAUAACCGACCGUACGUUCGACGAGGCGAAUCGGGGCAUGCAGACAUACGCUUGUUACGUGGUUUGUGCCGGAAUGACCAGGAUUAUGGCGCCGGAAUAUUGGACCCCGAAGAUCCUUGACGCGAUCGUCGUCUGCGGGGACCGCUUUUAUUCUCGCAGCAAGCGAGAGGCCGAACUUAGGUCCACCAUGAGCGAGUACGCUCACGUGGGCUGCUGGAGCAGAUACCUGUGCGAUCGCUUCGAGAUCGGCGGGAUCCUGUUCGAGGCCAGGAUGCUGCCGGCCAUUUGCGGUCAAUUGUACGCGAGAUCGCGCGAGUGUCUACGAGAAACCGUGGAGCGACUGUUCGCCGAGCAUCACUUUGGUAUCCUGACGUGCGAGAGCGCCUGUCUCGGGCUCUUCAAGUUCUGCGGCGCGUAUUACAUGUGUGACGUCAACUCGUUCGGGCCGCCGCUUUUUCCGUACGGAAGCGGUGCCGCCUAUCUUAUGAGGGCCACGUGUCUCGGAGAAUUCGUGAUGGUGCUCGUGUUGACCAUCGCCUCGCCCGAACGCAGCCGAUUCACCCUAAAUCCCGUGGAGAUCCUCAGAAUCGUCGAGAUCGGUCCAGCUUACGAGUCUCGCGCGAGGAUGGGUGAGAGAAGAAAUCGCUUUGGGAGAUUCGACGAACGGAGGAAGGGAAGAAAUAAAAAGUAG